UAGAUGACUCAGCAGUUCAGAAUCAUUGCUUAAACACAGUCUGUACUCGAAACACAACUAGUUUUUCCACCUUCAGCCGUAAAAAGAAGUGGUACGUUCCCGGUCGGUACGAGCAGAAAAGGGAGGGUCAACAUGGCGUCCGAACAGGAGAGCUCCAAUGGGCCAGUGAAGAAGUCCAUGCGGGAGAAGGCCAUCGAGAGACGCACCAUCAACAAGGAACACAACAGUAACUUCAAAGCAGGCUAUGUGCCCAUAGAAGAAGAGCGUCUUCAUAAGACAGGCCUGAGAGGACGCAAAGGAAACAUGGCUGUCUGCAUCAUCGUCCUCCUCUUCCUCCUCGCCUUAAUUAACCUCAUCAUCACACUAGUAAUAUGGACAGUGAUCCGCAUCGGUCCGAAUGGGUGCGACAGUAUGGAGUUUCAUGAGUCUGGCCUGCUGCGCUUCAAGCAGAAAGCGGACAUGGGCAUAGUUCAUCCACUGCAUAAGAGCACAGUAGGAGGCCGUAAAGACCAGGACCUGGUCAUUGUUGGCAACAAUAACCCGGUGGUGUUCCAGCAAGGCACUAGUAAGCUGAGUGUAGAAAAGGACAAGACCUCAGUCGUCAGUGAUGUUGGCAUAUCGUUCACAGACCCUCGCACACAGAACACUUUCUUCAGCACAGAUUUUGAAAACCACGAGUUCCAUUUGCCCAAAGGAGUCAAAGUCCUCAGUGUUAAAAAGGCUUCGACAGAGAGGAUCACCAGUAGCGCAGCGUCUGACCUGAACAUUAAAGGAGACAGCAAGGCCAUCAUCCGUGGUAACGAGGGGGUCAACAUCAUGGGCCGGACUGUAGAGUUCAAAAUGGGAGGAGACAUCGAGCUUAAAGCUGAGAAUAGCAUCGUCCUCAAUGGAUCAGUCAUGUUCAACGCCACUCGUAUCCCGAACUCGGCUGGAGAUGUGUAUUUCAAUGACGGUCUGGAGAGGUACAAGCUCUGCAUGUGUGAAGAUGGGACUCUGUUCCGUGUGCUGGUGAAAUUUACCAACAUGGGCUGCCAGACCUCGGAUAACCCGUGCAGAAAAGCUCACUAGGACUGCAGUCAGCUGUUACAUCUCCCUACAGUCCAUCACCACUGAAAUCAGAUAAACCACUGGUAAAGUCGCUUAUUUUGGAUAAUGUGUAAAUGCAAAGUGUGAGAUAUUCUGAAUGGCUUGCACAUAAUAAUACCUCUGCAGUUCACCUGACAAAUUCAGUAUUUCUUUUUGUUUGCCAAACACAGGUUGUGCUAUAGAUCAUUGCCACUUGGCCAAAGAUAUUAACUGUAAGUGCUGAAGUAUUUUUAUUGUUCUGCAGAUUUGCCAACUUUGAUCUAAAAUUCAUGAACCAUGUCAAAGCACAUUAUUUCUAUAUUUAAGAAUCAUAUUGUGCUUUAUGCUGCCUGUUGGUCGCGAUUAGAAGCUAAGGUAUUUAUUUUUGCCUUACCGUCCAGUAUUACUAAAAUACGAACCCUGUAGAGGGCUGGUUGAAGAUUUUAUUUGCCUAUCAUUGUUACUGGCAGCUGCGUUUGAUAUUUUCUCUGUCAUAUUAACUGACGUGUGAGACACUAUAGGAUUAUAAUGACGUAUGGAAUGAAAUUUGGGGUAAAUUGUAAUAUAUAAGAUACAUUUUAAGCCAUCCAGUAAUGCUAAAGCAGAAUAGGUCUCUUUUUGCACAUCUUGGACUGUCUAUAAUGCACUUGCCAAUGGAUUUACAAGGGAUGAUAUAUAUGUAAUAUUCUAAUUUUGUUGCAAGAGCUUUUUUACUGUAAAAAAUAAUAUUGAAAAACAGAAAGAGAUGAACACUAAGUUAAGCUACAUAUUAAUGCAAAUCUCUUUAAAUGUUGAGAGUUUAAAUCAUCAAUAACUUGGGGUGAAGCCUGUUUUGAGUGGUUUGAAUUUUGUGCAAUAUCGUAUAAACAAUUGCUUUGGACUCUCUUCUCUGUUGUAUAUCAGUAUUGUUGUUGAGAACAUUUGUAGUUGUUGUUCUCAGAGCACAGACUUGAUGCCUGUUGUGAAAGAACAGCAUUUUGAAUCACUUAAAUGGAAAACUUAAAAAAAAAAUGGCAACGGGCCUUAUUUGAGAAUUUGUCCAGCAUUUCAUCGGUAUGUUUGUUUCAGUCAAUAAAUAUGUUGCUAUGUGAAA